AUGGGAGACGACAGACCGUUUGUGUGCAAUGCCCCGGGCUGUGGACAGAGAUUUACAAACGAGGACCACCUGGCAGUUCAUAAACACAAGCAUGAGAUGACAUUGAAAUUUGGCCCAGCCCGAACUGACUCAGUCAUCAUCGCAGAUCAAACUCCUACUCCAACUCGAUUUCUGAAGAACUGUGAAGAGGUGGGACUCUUCAAUGAACUAGCUAGCUCCUUUGAACAUGAAUUCAAAAAAGCUGCAGAUGAAGAUGAAAAAAAGGCAAGAGGAGGGACUUUGGCUGCUUCUGGGCCUCUUGACAUGUCUCUGCCUUCUACACCAGACAUCAAAAUCAAAGAAGAAGAGCCAGUGGAGGUAGACUCAUCCCCUCCUGAGAGUCCUGCCUCUAGCCCCUGCUCCCCACCACUUAAGGAGAAGGAUGUUGCCCCAAAGCCUGUUGUGAUCUCUACUCCCACGCCUACCAUCGUACGCCCUGGCUCCCUGCCUCUCCAUUUGGGCUAUGAUCCACUUCACCCAACUCUUCCUUCCCCAACCUCCGUCAUCACACAGGCUCCCCCAUCCAACAGGCAACUGGGGUCUCCCACCGGCUCCCUCCCUCUCGUCAUGCAUCUUGCUAAUGGACAGACCAUGCCUAUGCUGCCAGGGCCUCCAGUACAGAUGCCUUCUGUUAUAUCGCUGGCCAGACCUGUCUCUAUGGUGCCCAACAUUCCUGGUAUCCCUGGCCCACCAGUUAACAGCAGUGGUUCCAUUUCUCCCUCUGGCCACCCUAUGCCAUCAGAAGCCAAGAUGAGACUAAAAGCUACCCUAACCCACCAAGUCUCCUCAAUCAAUGGUGGUUGUGGAAUGGUGGUGGGGACUGCCAGCACCAUGGUGACAGCCCGUCCAGAGCAAAGCCAGAUCCUCAUCCAGCACCCUGACGCCCCAUCCCCUGCCCAGCCACAGGUCUCACCAGCCCAACCCACUCCUAGUACUGGAGGUCGACGUCGGCGCACAGUUGAUGAAGAUCCAGAUGAGCGGCGACAGCGCUUUCUAGAGCGUAACCGGGCUGCAGCCUCCCGCUGCCGUCAAAAGCGGAAGCUGUGGGUGUCCUCCCUAGAGAAGAAGGCUGAGGAACUCACUUCUCAGAACAUUCAGCUGAGUAAUGAAGUCACAUUACUACGCAAUGAGGUGGCUCAAUUGAAACAGCUACUGUUAGCUCAUAAAGACUGCCCAGUUACAGCACUACAGAAAAAGACUCAAGGCUAUUUAGAAAGCCCCAAGGAAAGCUCAGAGCCAACGGGUUCACCAGCCCCUGUGAUUCAACACAGCUCAGCAACAGCCCCGAGCAAUGGCCUCAGCGUUCGCUCUGCAGCCGAAGCUGUGGCCACCUCAGUCCUCACUCAGAUGGCCAGCCAAAGGACAGAACUGAGCAUGCCCAUACAGUCGCAUGUGAUCAUGACCCCACAGUCUCAGUCUGCGGGCAGAUGA